CAGGCGCUCCCCCGCGGCCCGCACGCCUCCAGCAGGGGGCCGGGAGCCCUGGGCGGGGCGCCCGCGGCUGGAGUCCGAGCCCGGGCCCGCCAGAGGCAGGCAGCAUCACGAUCGUGGGCCGCAGGGCCAGGUCACACCGCUCGGAGGGUGCGCGGGUGUUCCUGCGCGAGCAGGCGGCGCGUGCCGAGCAACCGGGCAGGGGCGUGCUGGCGGAGAGGGCGCAGUGCUCGUCGGGGCUGGCGAGGUUGGGCCCGAGGCUCCGCCGGCGUCGCUGCCUCGGGCAUGGCGACCGUCGCUGAGUGCGGGGCGGCCCUCUCGCGCAGACGGCAGGGCAGCGCCCUCGAGAUUUGCGGGCACCGCCACGAGCCCAGGCUCGCGGCAGGCCAGCACAGGCGUCGAGGAGUCGGUCGUCGAGGGCACGGGCACGCAGCAGCGCGACGCGGGCACCGAGAUGCCGCGGGUCGGCAAGGCGACCAGCGUGCCGACGACCGCCGCCGCGGAGAUGCGGCUGGGCGGGCCUGAGGCGGCGGGCGCGGGGCCGCCUGUCGGGCGGCGCCGUAGGCGCGUCCGAGACCGCCGUCACCGCCAAGGCCGCCCCCCUUCCCGCACAGUGCCCCACGGCGAGCGGAGAGCGGGACUGCGGCGGCCUCCACCGGCAGCCCGAGCGGGGCAGCGCGCGGGCGGUGGGCCGACCGGGAGCUCGUGGCGGCGCCCCGCCCUGCCGGACCCCCGGCCGCCCAGGUGCAUUGGCGUGAGCAGAAUACCUUCCUAGAGAUCCUGAGCGAGAGGGAGGAGGCCGAGAUGGAGGCCCUGCAUGGCCUCCGCCGUACCUCUUCAUGCCCUGUGCUGGGCGGGUGGGGGUCCACAGGCAGCCUGGAGUUGACACAAGCUGCUGGGGAUUACGGUGCAAACCUCGGCGUGGCUCCCGCGGCCAGCUCGCGGCAGCACGCGCUCGAGCUCUGGCCGCUCACCCCGCCGGGAGCCGUCGAGGAAUCCGAGGAGCGGGCGGGAUUCGGUCUGUUUGGCGCGACGGGUGGUGCCCGAGUGGUCGUGCAGGAGACGCUUGACGCGGGCGUGCACGGUGUGGUCGACGGGCCCGAGCGCGGGGACGGUGGCGAGCGUCUGAUCCUCGGCGGCGUCGGGCCCCACACCUCCGUGGGCGAGGCGCCGGCGCAGGCGCAGGCGGCGGCAGCGAGUGCAGCGCCGGCCUUGCGCCGCUAGGGGAACGAGGGGCGGCUCGCCGCACUGCUGGAGCGGGUGCGGGCGCGGGCAGGGGCCACGGCGGGAGCCGCGCGAGUCGGGCUUGGAGGCCCUCAGUCGGAUCGCGGAAGCGUUCGGGGAGGCGUGGCCACUACGGAUUUGUGCUCUCAGGCAGCAGUUGGACUUCGUUCCUUAUUUACGAUUCCUUGUUUCAGCAGCCCGACUGUAGCACACUCGAGUGCGCCGCGCGCAGUGGAGGCGCGCGGCGUCCGCUUGAGCCGCCUCCCUCCGUCCUCCUCCCCCUCCUCCUGGCGGCCGGCCACAUCAAAUAGUCCACUGCCGGCAUUGAAGCCCGACGCUGGCCAGACGAAUCCUUCUGUGCAGUUGUCUGAGGGUAUGAUAUGCUGGGUGGGUUCCCAUGGCGCGCCAGCUUGUAUGGGCUUGCACGUUCGCCGAAGCGGAACUGCCCGUCCUACCAGCGCCGCCGCUGCUGUUGUCUGUGCAUCCCCUCUUCCCCAAGCUCGGAGGCGCUCUGUGGGGGGUGGCGCGAGGGGCGGCCUUUCCAGAAGGCAGGAGGCCUCUCAGAAGCCAUCCUGCCUGUUGAAUAAUCAGUGCUGGAAGCCCCCGAUCCCUUCGGAGAGGAUCCCUGUAGUCUUAGAGGGCACCACCCCUCGCCCCGGCCGCAUGUGUGCGCCGCCCACAUGCGUGCCCUCCUUCUAGCUUCUCCUCUUCGCACUCCUCCGCCAGCGCAGCACAUCGGCAUUAGUGCUGCGUUGUUUCAUUUAUGUGUGCGUGUGUGUUUGCGCUCGGUUUUCCCUACCAGGGUGCGCGAGAUCCAUUACCCUUUCUGCGGACAGUGAUUUGAUGGAUGCUAGGCCACACCGAAGCAGUAACAAAGAGAGAUUGGGGGGUGGCGUUGGCCAGCGCGGAGAUUGAGAGCGUGGCAUCGCGCGCAUACGCCGCGGGAGCACCAGCAGCAGCCCCACCCGCCACUGGAGCCCUGGCUGGAAGCCAGAGCGCCACUCCCCUCUUGUGAAGACCACCUGGCUUGCGCAGUUCUGGGACGGCGUAAACUCAUAGGGAAGCUGGAGAAUCGGCUGAGGGUUUGAGCCCUCCCUGCCACUCCCCGGCCGAUGGACGAACGUCCCAGCCAUGUUUUGCACGAGUGCUUCACGAAGUGGCACCGUCGUUGCGAUGUCCGCUCCCCGCCUUCUCCCUCCUCCAGAACUGCGUUGUGGAAGUAACACACAUUCUACCACUUGUCUAGACCUGGUAGUCUUAUUGAAUCCGUCUCGGACUCGCUCUAGCCCUUGCAGGUUGGUCCAGCCUUGGCCCGCUUAAGUGUUCUCGAAACUCUUCACGCUCUGCGCUGCUGCCAGCGACACCAUGGCUGGUGCCUUAGGUGGGCAUGCCUAUCUCAGGACCGAGAGCUCUGAAUACGCAUCUUUCCCGCCACGGCAGCCAGGGACGGAGCACACAGGCUUCAAACACUACUCGCCCAUAGUUCUGUCUCUACACUGGACCGUCCUACGUUUGUCCACCCGCUCUAGUCCGCCCAUUGCCUGGUGCGGCCCGUCUGCUCUGCAGUCGCGCUCGCGUCCGCCAGCGCUGCCCCAAAACAAGUUUCUGCACACAUGCUUGUUUGCCCUGUGACCCACGUCGUCGUCCUCCUCUUCACUUCGGCAUUGUCGGCGUCAUGCGACUGAAGUGUGUUAUGGUUCGGGGGCACUGCGGUGAGCAGGCAAACCCGCGACGUCAAGCACGUUUAGGGCGCUUGUGCACAUUAAAGAUGCCGAGCAGGCUUUGAAGCCGGUUUUCACAGGUCAUCGUAUUGGAGCUCAAUGUUCCUGCACGCUUGCUGAUCCAGCUGGUUUGGACCUCGCGCUGGGCCCGCCAGCGUCCUACCUCAAGGUUUGCGCACCAAUGCUUCGCGUCUGAGUGUUCGGAUGGGAGCAUCGUGUUGGGCAUGUGUGUGCUGUCUUGCGCUGAGCACUGAGCUCCGUCCCUAACAGCAUUUGCACCGAGGGGGUCCUCAUUGCAGUUGCAUCGAAUUGGCUCUGAGCUAGUGGGUUUGGCCGUUGUCACUGAUCUGGUCCCAGACGUGUCGUCCCGCUCAUGGUGUCCCAUGGCAUGGGUGCGGGGUCUCGGCCGUUGUCGCCACCAGGGUCCUGGGCAGACGGUCUCUCUCAGAGUGUAUCCUUGGCAUGGGGGCGGAUGUUCGAAGA